GGGUCCGUCGUCGCAGUGAACUGCGAUCGGAGUCGCGGAGUUCUUUUCCACUCGUGAUACUGCGGCAGUGAUGGGGAAACCACUAAAACCCUAGUCCUUCGAGCUCCGGGUUUCCAUUUCCACGGCGAAGAAGCCUUCGCGAUCACCGCAUUUGGGGGCUGGAGCUGGAACGUCAGGCCGCUUCCGGUGGAGGUGAAUCGGAGGGGAGUAGAGCAAAAGGGUUUCUUGUUCGCAGUCGAGUGCGGACUUCACUGUGGCUUGCGAAAUCUGGCUUCGGAGGCCUAAGCCAAUCGCAUUGGGGAUUCCGUUCGAGAACAGGUAGAUUGCGACUAAUAAAAAGGACAAAAAAAAAAUUGCCCGGGGUGAGGGAAGAACACAAUAAGGGAAAGGGAAGAAAGGAACAAGAAAAAGAAACAAUUGUGCCCAGGGAGUGGGAAGUGGGAGUUUGGCGGAAGCGGAAGGAGAGGAAUUUUAUAUAGGAAUAAGUAGUUUUUUAAUGGCAGCGAAUCUUGAGCUAAAUCCGCCACGCAACCCCUCUGGGAAAGCGAUUUUUCUCAAAAAUAUUAGGGGAAUGGGAGAGAGAGAGGAACGAGCUCUGGUACCAAAUCGCAACUGGACUCGCCAAUGCUCUCCAUUUUUUUAUGGAGGAGAGAGAUAACAGAGAAGAAAACCAGAGAAGAGAGAGAGGCGAGCUGGCUGUCUCCCUCAUCGCCAUUGGAAUAAGCGAAGUUUUCCACCUUUUAAGAAGGUCUUAACCACGCCUUCAUCCUCUUUCCCGCAAAUCAACACAAGAAUUGAUGCCAUUUGCUUGGAGCUAAGCCAAGCUAAACCGCAGUUUGGACGCACCCCUGCCGCAGAGUGAGAAAGCAGAUCCAAAGGUUGGAAUUUUGCCAAAGGUUGGUGCGACUUUGAGUUGGAAAAAGGAAGUGGGCACUCAUGGCGGCCGGAAGGAAGAGCACGUGGUGGUGGAGACGGAAGGCGGCGGUGGUCGCCGGGGUGGCGAUUGCGGUGAGCGUGUUCCUGGCGUCGCACUGCUAUUUCCGGAGGGAGAACAUGAUCAAGGCGGAGGAGGCGCUGGUGAGCAUGUGCGAGGAGCGUGCGAGGAUGAUCCAGGAUCAGUUUGCUGUAAGCGUCAACCAUGUGCAUGCUCUCGGCAUCCUCAUCUCCACAUUCUACUACCAGAAGCAGCCCCCUGCCCUUGAUCAGGAGACAUUUGCAUAUUACACUGCGAAAACAGCUUUCGAACGACCUUUGUUAAAUGGGGUAGCAUAUGCUGAGAGAGUUGUUCGUUCCCAAAGGGAAACUUUUGAGAGUAGGCAGGGGUGGACCAUCAUGACCAUGAAAAGGGAGCCAUCACCCAUGCAGGAUGAAUAUGCUCCUGUAAUUUACUCCCAGGAGACUGUAUCUCACAUCGGCGCACUUGAUAUGAUGUCCGGCGAGGAGGACAGAGAGAAUAUUUUACGGGCUAGGGCGACUGGGAAAGCUGUUCUUACAAAACCUUUUAGGCUUCUUAAGUCAAACCAUCUUGGUGUGGUUUUGACCUUUCCAGUAUAUUACGCAGGGCUUCCUGAGGAUGCAACAAUAGAACAACGCGUGCAAGCAACUGCAGGAUAUCUUGGGGGUGCAUUUGACGUAGAGUCACUUGUGGAAAAUUUAUUGAAGCAACUUGCUGGCAGUCAAGAUAUUAUGGUAAAUGUUUAUGACAUUACCAAUGGUACUGAACCCCUGAUCAUGUAUGGACCUCAAAAUCCAGAGGGUUAUAUGCCUCUUUCACAUUUCAACAUGCUUGAUUUUGGAGAUCCAUUAAGGAAGCACCAGAUGCAUUGCAGGUAUAGGGUAAAACCCCCCCUUCCAUUUUCAGCUAUUACAACCCCAUUUGGGAUUUUUGUGAUCAUCAUGCUAGGAGGUUACAUAGUAUUUGCUGCAAAAAAUCAUUAUGACAAUGUUAAAGAAGAUUGUCGGAAGAUGGAAGAGCUAAAAUUUCAAGCAGAGGCUGCUGAUGUUGCAAAAUCUCAGUUUCUUGCAACUGUGUCACAUGAGAUAAGGACACCUAUGAAUGGCGUGCUAGGAAUGUUGGACAUGCUUUUGGACACUGACCUUAAUUUAACUCAGAAGGAUUAUGCUCAAACGGCUCAAGUUUGUGGCAGAGCAUUAAUUUCACUAAUCAAUGAAGUUCUUGACCGGGCAAAAAUUGAAGCUGGCAAGUUAGAGAUUGAGGCAGUUCCAUUUUAUUUGAGGUCAACCCUUGAUGAUGUGAUUUCCUUGUUUUCUUCAAAAUCAAGAGAGAAGGGCAUUGAGCUUGCUGUAUUUGUAUCUGACAAAGUUCCAGAAGUCGUCACUGGUGACCCUGGGAGAUUUCGGCAGAUAGUAACAAAUCUGGUGGGAAAUUCAGUUAAAUUUACUGAGAGGGGCCAUAUAUUUAUCCAAGUGCAUUUGGCUGAGACCUCAAAUCUAACGAUAGAUGGAGAAGUUUAUGGUGACUUACAUGGGGAAACACAAGAAGAUAAACUACAAGUUGGUUCCUUUAAUACUUUAAGUGGGUUUCAAGCUGCUGAUGCUAGAAAUAGUUGGGAGAAUUUCAAGCUUCUUGUUUCAGAUGAAAAAUUAUCACCAGAAGUCUCAGCAAGUGAAAUGACGUCCGAGAAAGCUGAGGAAAAUGUCACUCUCAUCGUCAGUGUUGAAGAUACAGGCAUAGGGAUCCCAUUACGAGCCCAGGAUCGUGUCUUCACACCUUUCAUGCAAGCCGACAGCUCGACUUCCAGAAACUAUGGAGGAACUGGUAUUGGCUUGAGCAUUACUAAAUGUCUGGUUGAAUUGAUGGGAGGAGAAAUUAGUUUCAUCAGUCAAUCAAAUCUUGGAAGUACAUUUACAUUUAGUGCCGUUGUCAAAAGAUGCAAUAAAGAUUCAAUUAUAGAUACAAAGAGAACUCCUGAGGCUCUACCUUCUGGGUUCAAGGGAAUGAAAACUUUUCUAAUUGAUGGAAAACCAGUUAGAAGUGCUGUGACAAAGUACCAUUUGAAGAGGCUGGGCUUAGCUGUUGACAUUUCAAGAACAGUCAAGUUGGCACUAAUCUCCUUGGCUAGAUGUAAUGGCAGUCUAAAAACUAGGAGACAACCAUAUGUUAUAUUUGUCGAAAAGGACUCAUGGUACACUGGCAUGGAUGUUCACUUGCAUGAUCAGCUGUUGUUGCUCAAGCAGAAUGGUUGCAUUCUAGAAUUGCCAAAGGUCAUACUUUUGGUGGCCCGUGAAUCUGAGAAAGCAAAAGCAUGUUCCUUCAUCGAUACUGUGAUCAUGAAACCUCUCAGAGCAAGCACUGUGGCAGCAUGCCUUCAGCAAGUGCUUGGUAUAGAAAAGCCACAAAAGGAGAUGUUGAAUGGUCUAGCUAAUCUGCAUACCCUAUUAGCAGGGAAGAACAUAUUGGUGGUUGAUGACAACAAGGUAAAUCUUAGAGUUGCUGCAGGAAUCCUUAAGAAAUAUGGGGCGAGGGUGGAAUGUGCUGAAAGUGGGAAAGAUGCCGUUUCACUCCUUCAACUGCCUCAUAAGUUUGAUGCUUGUUUCAUGGAUGUUCAGAUGCCUGAAAUGGAUGGAUUUGAAGCAACUAAGCUUAUACGGUUGGUGGAAAGCAUUGCGAAUGAAUGUAGCAGAAAUGAAGGAGCCUCUAUAUACAGGGAGGAACCUAUGGCGGAUGAAUGGCACCUGCCGAUUCUUGCCAUGACUGCUGAUGUGAUCCAAGCAACAUAUGAGAAGUGCAUGAAAUCUGGAAUGGAUGGAUAUGUCUCUAAGCCUUUUGAGGAGCAACAACUUUAUCAAGCAGUUGCUAAGUUCUUGGUACCAAAAUCUAAUUUGGAUUUAUGACAGAUUUUUCUACUGAAAGAUCUCUUAUGUGGGGCAUUGUAGAUGCAACAAGAUGACAGUGUUAGUGUCAAUAGUGGUAGAACAGCCUCAGAAAGGAUACAUUGUACAAAAGAGUAUGAUGGGCUCUGCGAAAUGUCGACCAUUUCAGGUGUCGGUGGCAGGAAAUGUUUGCAAUUUCUUACUCACUUUCUCAUUCUUUGAAAGAAAUGCAUAUUUUUUUUGUCUCUUCCAAUUUUGUGAUAAAAUUAAGACAUUCCUUGUUCGACCUAAGUCCUUGUCUUGCUUGAAGGGGAUAAAAGAAACCAGAGUAAGAGCGUCAUUAGGUUCGAAUAACUUAGUAUUAUUUUGUUUUUUGUUUUUUGUUUUGUUUUUGCUUUGUAGAAUGAGAAGCUAGUGACAGCAUCCAAAGUGAAUCAUCUAAAAAGAGAUUUAAAUCAUCAAAAGAAGCAAUUAAAGUAACACUCCUG